GAAUUCCAAGUCACCAUGUGUGGUAUUUGUUGCGUUGUUGCCUUGUCUAGCCAGCAUACUAUUUGUGAUUACUUGAACGAGGAUCUGUACUGCCAUCUUAGAAGAAGAGGACCAGACAGCAGCCAACAGUUGAUAAAGACUGUGUCCAAGCCAUCCUAUGAGUGCCUUUUCUCUGGCCACGUGCUUCACCUGAGGGGACUGAUGACUCCUCAGCCUCUGGAAGAUGUCAAUAACAAUAUUUUACUUUGGAAUGGAGAAAUUUUUAAUGGAAUGAAUGUAGGAGAUUCAGAGAAUGACACUGAAGUUUUGUUUCAUCAUCUUGCACUAUGCAGUAGUGAAGCUGACUUCUUAUCACUCUUCUCAUCACUUCGGGGUCCAUGGUCUUUUAUUUAUUAUCAAGCAUCUGGACAUAGCUUAUGGUUUGGUAGAGAUUAUUUUGGUCGUCGUAGUUUGCUUUGGCAGUUCAGUAAUGUGAGCAAUAGUGUUUUCUGUCUCACAUCUGUAAGUGUGAAUUCAGAAUCUUGUAACCAAUGUCGAGAAGUCCCAGCAUCUGGAAUUUUCAAAAUUAAUCUCAAAGACUGUGUGACAACUAAAUCAUUGUCUUUAACGUUGUUUCCAUGGAAGUACAGUUGCACAGAGAAAACUGAAGAAAUAUUCAUUGAUAUUCUGGAUCAAGUUUCAAAAGACUUACCAAAUCACAUCACCGUUGCGAUGAAUGAGUCAAAACUAUGUCUCAGCGCACCUGUAAUGCCCUUAAACAGAACCAUUUCUGAAGCCUCAGCUGAGUGUGCAAGCACUGAUAUUAGCAACAUAAGCCACAUGGUUUCCGUAGAAACUCUUCAGGGAUAUCUUGCAGAGGAGCACAAGAGAAAACUAGUCCAACAGUUCAUUGAUGUUUUAGAUGAGGCAGUAAAGAGACGAGUUUUAUUACUAGUUAGAGGUGAAGAUCAGAGAACAAGAGAAGUUAAGGAUGCUUCUCCCAGAAAGGCUCAUGUUGCAGUGCUCUUUUCUGGUGGUGUUGAUUCUAUGGUUAUUGCAGCCCUUGCUGAUCGACAUGUUCCUUUGGAGGAACCAAUUGAUCUCCUCAAUGUAGCUUUCAUGCCAAAAGAACAAACUAAGCAAACAGGUACCACUAAAAACUGCAGCAGCCAGGAAAUGCAGCUCGAUCUGCAUCGUGUUCAAGAAAAUCAUGAAGAUCUUGAUGCUAAAAUUGGUGAUCGUUUUUCUUGUUUUGAUGUUCCUGACAGAAUUACUGGUAGGGCAGGACUGAAAGAACUAGAAGCCCUUAACCCUUCAAGAACCUGGAACUUUGUGGAAAUUAAUGUCACACUAAAGGAAUUGCAAGAAAUGAGACAACGAUUCAUAAAUCACUUGAUUUAUCCUCUGGAUACAGUUUUGGAUGACAGCAUUGGCUGUGCAAUCUGGUUUGCUUCCAGAGGAGAGGGUUAUAUUAAUAAACAAGGAGAAAUGAAACCAUACAGAAGUCCUGCAAAGGUUGUGCUUACAGGAAUUGGAGCAGAUGAACAGCUUGCUGGGUAUUCCCGACAUCGUGUUUGCUUCAGAAAAUGUGGCCUGGAAGGUCUGAAUAAGGAACUGGAAAUGGAGUUAGGUCGCAUUUCUUCUAGGAAUCUUGGUAGAGAUGACAGGAUUAUUGGUGAUCAUGGAAAAGAAGCCAGGUUUCCUUUUAUUGAUGAAGAUGUCGUUUCAUUCCUCAAUUCGCUGCCCAUCUCAGAAAAAGCAGACUUAACUUUACCUCGAGGAAUUGGUGAGAAACUACUUCUGCGUCUUGGAGCUAUGGAACUUGGCCUUAAAGCUGCAAGCAUUCUGCCAAAAAGGGCUGUACAGUUUGGAUCUCGGAUUGCAAAACUGGAGACCAAUAAUGAAAAAGCACACCACACAUGCAGCAGACUGAAGUUAUUUUAGUAGAUGAAUUAUAAAGCUAUAUCUUAAGAUAUUAUUUAUCCUAUUUGUAAAUUUAGUAAAUCUUUGGGAUUUUUUAAAAAAGUUUGGCUUAAUUUGUUUGUUUUACACAUUUGGGCAUUGUUACAGUCAUCAAAAUAAUACACAUAGUACAUACUUGUCCUAGACACAUCAUGAAUGCAUCCUUAGGAGAGAAGGGAAUGCUGGUCUCUGUGGAAUAGAGGAUAGCCAGAGGUUGGCAUUUCUUCUCCUUCCUCAGCAAAGUGCCUACUGAAUCCUCCAGUCUGUCAGGUUAUGGUUUUAGAAGGGAGAAUGCAGCGAGGAGCUGACCUGGAUUGUUAGAGCCACCGAGAGCUGAGGGUCCUGGGCCACACUGCCUCUUGGGAGCUGCCCUCUAUGCAUCACACUUACCCUUUUGUUAUUUGAGGAACAGACUGCCCUUGCCUCAGCUACUGAAGGCUGUUCAGUGAGGCCUGUGCUCCAGGACUGGGUUGGUUGGUGUUCUCAGGACUAAGGUUCCCUCUGCUCCCGGGGAUCUUUGGGACAAUCUCUGCAGUGUCAUCUUUGUCCUUUGCUGGUUCCCUGACAUCUUGCUUCUCCUUUUAGCUUGAGCUCUGCUGCUUCUACAGCUACAGGGCAUCCUUUGCCUUGUUCAAGGAAGAUCACUGAAAGAAAGCAAAUGCAGAAGAUCUAGCUUAAAAAAA